UCGUCUGCCACUGUGAAUCGCAGCCUCCCUGCAAUCCCGAGUGACUCGGAGAGACACCGUCCCGGCGGGGAGGCAAUCUGGGAAAAUGAACCAAACGGUGACACCGGCUCGGAGUUGUAUGCAACAGUGGGAGACAAACAGGCCGAGAAACAUGCAGCUGUUCCUCAGAUAACAUCACAACUUGGUAGUGGCCAGCUAAGACUUCUCACUGAAGAUGCUUCUCUUGAGACCAGUCGUGAUAAUGAAAGUAACAUGCUUUCCCAUGGAGAUGACAGUGUGCAUUACGACUGUCUCAAAUCGGAACAUCCCUAUGAUAAAGUGAACACCCUUACGCACAACAGCCCCGAAGCAGCUGACCCGCGGACGAGUGGAGAUGGCAACGGGAGCGGUGCCGCGGGCGCGGGAGACGAUGAGUGCGAGCAGGGGAAUCCCGUGCCGCCGCCUCGCACGCGCCGCUCCACGUCGUCGUCGGCCGGGGCGGCUGCUGUGGCGGGAGGCGCGGCGGCGGAGGCGGAGGCGGCGGUGGGCGCAGAGGUCAGCGGAGCGAACGACGCGGCCACCGCCGCUCCCGUCGCCGCCGCCUCUUCCUCCGCCGGCAUCGUGCCCGAGCGCACGUGCGACAUCGCUGCCGCCACCGCCAUUGCCGGCCGCGUCGCCGCCAGCCAGGAGCUGCCUUACAUGACGCCGCCCAUCCCGCAGCCAGCCAACUUCAGCGGCGACUCGCAGGACUCGAAAGGAUACACCAGUAUAAGUGUUAGAGAACCUUUGGCCAGUAUCAAAGCACAGACAAAAGUCUACAACCAGAGCCAAGCUGUGGAAAUGCAAGACCCUCAUUAUGCCACAGUAUCUGAUGAUUCAGUAGAUGUGAACACAUUAAGAAAGUACUCUGACAUGAUUUUACAUUCAAAUAUCUUUGUUCAUGAAUCAUUUGCAGAUGAAAUGUAUGCAGCUAUAGAAGACCCAGCGCCAGUGUAUAAUAGUGGGAGUGAGACAUAUGCUCAAAUACAACCACUAGCUCCAUCUGAACCAUUGCUCUCUGAGCAGAAAGUAGACUCUUCUGUAUAUCCUCCUCAACCUCCCAGCGUUGACAGUCUCAAAUAUGUAGCUCAUGCCCACUCCCGUCAAGCAUCAUCUUCCAGUGCAAGUAGUUCUGUUGCCAAUCUUGGAUCUCCGAAACCUGAAAAAAGGCAAGCAAAUUCACCUCUGCCGCCUCCACCAUGUGGCAGCCCAGAUAAAUGUGCAGAUAAACCAAACUUGACAGUGAGUGAAAUUGUGAAUAUAGAAGAAAUGUAUGCCAAAGUGAUGAAGAAGAAACACAAUAUGGAAUCCAAUCCAUCUACUAGUGUAAUGUCACAAGAUGUGGAUCAUCCCUCCCAGAACAAUGAAUGUUCAAAACUUCACCAAGAGCCUGACAGACUGUCAAUCAGUGUGAGUGAAAUAGGUGCAAAAUGUGAUAGUAUUAAUAGUGAAUGCAAUAGAACAGAAGGCCAGUUACGAACUCAAGAUGGUAGUAUAGUCAAUUCUGUAAAUUCUGAUAUGCAAUUGAGAAAUCUAAGUAAAAGUAAUCAGUAUUUUGACCCAGGUUAUGAAGUAGUUCAUACACAUGAUGUUACUGACAGCAGCUCUACAAGUGAGAACAAAGCAGAACCAGUGCCUUGUGAAGAUGAUUCUUACUCACAUUCAUGUCCAUCAGACUCUAAUACUUACAACAAUAACAGCAGUGAAAGUAACAGUACAUACAGUGUUAGAAGACUUACAAAUGAUAGCAAUAACAAUAACAAUAGUACAGAAAAUGGUAUUUACCCAAAGUAUGAAAGCGUUUUACCAGUUGGGUUUGCAGGAGAUAGUGCAGGGAAUGAUUCGCCAUUUUUUAGUGAUGAGAUAAGUGAACCAAACUAUGAGAGCAUGCCCAGCGAAGAGACAGAAUUGCAUUACACUGGUGCGCAGGGAACUUCCGGAAGUAGCGAAGUUGAUCCUAACUAUGAAGUGGUUGAACACGAUGAUCCUAAUUAUGAAAGUGUUAAUUACAUUGACUCAAACAGUGAACCACCUUAUGAAAGACUGCAUAAUGAAGUUCAAGAUUUUGAAUCAGAGAUAGAUCAUAAUUAUGACAGUACUAUGCAAUGCAAUAACAGAUCUGUGGAAAAUCAUGAAAAAAGUGUUGCAAAGAGCUUCAAUGAAAGAGAGCGACAGACCUCUGAGCCAGGGUAUGAGGAGAUUGGGCAGCAAAACAAUAAAGUAUGGAGUGAAUUGGAUCCAAAGGAGAGAGAUGGAGUGUCUUCAUUUUCUUCAAAAGAACAUUAAAUAGUGUGACUACUUGCUACUUUUCAUGGCAUUAUACUCUUCAGAUUGAAUAUUUUUGUAAUGAUGAAAUUAUUAUAAUAUUUUACCUUUUAAAAAUGAUAUGGUAAAACUUUUGUAUUAGUAUUUAUUUAUUAAAUGUCUCCUCAUUUAAAUUGUAGAUGGAGUCUCAAAUUUAGCGUAACAAUUUACAAACUUGUACAUAUGCAGUGUCUCUUGCAGAAUUAAAACAGAAUUAAAUUAAUGAAAAUAAAAAGGAAUAACAAUUUGUGAAUAUGACUAAUAGUAUGAAUAAACAUUUGUUACCAAAGUGUUUUGUGACUUAAUGUAAAUAAAUAAAUUUAAUUAACGUAAUCCAUUUGUAAAUCUAGUGCUUCACAAACAGAAAAUUGAAGAAACAUUUAAGAGAUUGACUCUCUUUCAUCAUCCUUUGUCUUUUUAUGUACUUACGUAUUCAAAGUUUCUGGUUUAUAUGCAAGAUAAGUAUAAUUGAUACCAUCUCAUAGAUAAGAACCUUUAUGGAUAAUUUUUACUCUUCCACGUUAUUAGGGUCUGAUUCAGAAAACAAUUAUGCGAGUGAAUUACUUUGAAAGAGUCAAAUUUAAAAUGUCUAUUCAUUAAGUCAACUGUUUCCAUCCAUUCUAUUUAGUGUUAAUAGUUUGUUAUUUAUUGACAAUUUUAAUUAAAAUUCAUUGAAUUUGAAAUUGAGCAUUAUUUAAUAGUUAGAAAAUACACCAACUCCUGAAAAUUUUAUAUUUAUGAUGAGUUAGUGAAAUUUUCCAAUUCCCCUUCCCAUUCCUAAGAAUCCACUUGUGGCAGAGUUGUAUAAUGACUAGAAAGAAG